AUGUUUGUCUUUCAUGUAGGUAUACCCAACUUCAUCAAGUCCCCAGAUGAUCAGACAGGGAUUUACGGAGGUGUUGCUUCAUUCAUUUGUCAGGCUACAGGCGACCCUAAACCUCUUAUUACCUGGAAGAAAGAAGGGAAGAAAGUCAACUCUCAGCGCUUCGAGGUCAAAGAGUUUGAUGACAAGUCAGGCUCAGUGCUGCGUAUCCAGCCGUUGAAAACCAACCGUGAUGAGGCCAUCUAUGAAUGCACAGCCAGCAACAGUGUUGGAGCAAUCGCUGCACCUGCCAAGCUUAUUGUCUUAGAGGACGACCAGAUACCUGCUGGUUUCCCCAACAUUGACAUGGGACCCCAGCUGAAGGUUGUGGUGCGAACAAAUACAGCUACGAUGCUGUGUGCAGCCAGUGGAAACCCAGACCCUGAGAUUUUCUGGUUUAAAGAUAUGUUGCCUGUGGACAUCAGCAGCAGUAAUGGGAGGAUAAAACAGCUGCGGUCAGGAGCACUUCAGAUUGAAAACAGUGAUGAGUCUGACCAGGGCAAGUAUGAGUGUGUAGCUGUGAACAGCGCUGGCACUCGCUUUUCUAGUCCUGCUAACCUUUAUGUUCGAGUCCGGCGUGUGCCUCCCCGUUUUUCCAUCCCACCCACUAAUUGUGAGGUGAUGCCUGCUGGCAGUGUCAACCUGACAUGUGUGGCAGUGGGUUCUCCAAUGCCUUUGGUCAAGUGGAUGAGUGAUGAAGUGGAGCUGACCCAGGAGGAUGAGCUACCCCUUGGCCGUAAUAUCCUGCAGCUUACCAAUAUUCAACAAUCUGCUAACUAUACCUGUGUUGCCAUCUCAACUUUGGGUAGGAUUGAGACCACAGCUCAAGUCUUUGUCAAAGCUCUUCCGAAGAUGCCUACCUUUCUGCAGGUGGUAGAGACCACAGCCACCAGUGUUACUCUAACAUGGAAGUCUGGGAAUGCUGAGCCUGUGUCCUACUAUUUGGUUCAGUACCGUUCUAAAACUUCUGGCAAUGGUUUUCAGGAGAUAGAUGGUGUAGCGUCAACUCGCUACAGCAUUGGCGGUCUUAGCCCCUUCUCUGAAUAUGAAUUCCGUGUCCUUGCCUCUAAUAGUGUUGGGCGGGGGCCUCCAAGCAGAAUUGUGGAAAUCUGUACAGGUGAGCAGGCACCAUCAUCACCACCUCUUCAUGUACGGGCACGAUUAUUGAGCUCCACCACCAUACUGGUGGAGUGGGAAUCUCCUGAGGAGCCAAAUGGUCAACUGCAAGGUUAUCGGAUCUUCUACAGCUCUGAGCCCAGUAAUCCACUCAGCACCUGGCAGAUACACAAUAUCAAUGACAGCAAGUUCACGUCCAUCUCAGGACUAACGCCUACCACCACUUACAGCCUAAGGAUGCUUGGCUUCACAUCUAUGGGAGAUGGGCCACUGUCUGAUGUUCUGCAGUUAAAAACCCAGCAAGGAGGUGAGGGUUUCCCACAGUUGCCUGGAAAGCCCAGUAUGAUGAUCAGUACAAUGAUGGGGAAUACUGCUAUGAUCCAAUGGCAACCUCCUAAGGAAAUGGUGGGAGAGCAUUUAGGCUACCAACUGCAGUACAAGAGAACAGAUGAGAAAACAUUUACUGUCAAAGAUUUCAGGAAGACAGAUGAUCAUUUUACAUUUACCCGCCUCCUUAAAGGGGCUACUUACAUUUUCAAACUAUCUGCUAAAAACCAAGCAGGCACUGGUGAAGAAUAUAUAAAAGAGAUAAGCACCCCUGAAGACAUGCCCAGUAGCUACCCCCAGAAUCUGAGAGUGGUGGGCCUCACCUCCACUUCAACUGUAUUGGUUUGGGAACAACCUCCUCUGUCAGAGAGGAAUGGAAAGAUUAUAAAGUAUGUAGUGGUAUAUCGGGAUAUUAAUAGCAAGCACAACAGUACCAAUAGUACCACAGAGACACAAAUGACUAUCCUGGACUUACAGCCUGACACAACUUAUGACAUCAGAGUCCAAGCUUUCACCAACAAGGGAGGAGGACCUUUCAGCCCCAGCAUUAAAAGCAGAACCACAUCAACAUCUGUGACAGUGUUUGUCAAAAACUUUGAUGUGAAGGCUGUGAUGAAAACCUCUGUCCUUUUGUCCUGGGAAGUACUAGAAACAUACAAAUAUCAAAUUCAACUCAAGAUUCUGUACAACAACCAAAAGGUAGAAAUUCAAGGUGACCUGAAGAAAAAGCUGAUCACACAGCUACAACCAGAUACAUAUUAUUCUUUUGUACUGAAGAGCUAUGGGAAUGGAGCUGGUGACCUUCAACAGCAGGUUUCUGUUCGAACCGCUCCAGACCUGCUGUCAGUGAAACCAACUCGAUAUCGGCCAACUGUGGAUGAAGACAGGGUGACUAUUGUUAUGCCUGAGGUCCCAGCUGAAGCCCAUGUAAGGUGGUUCUACGUAGUUGUAGUCUCUGAGACCCUUGUUUCUUUGGAGAGAUGGGAAAACCCUGAAGAUAUAGACAUAUAUGAGAUCCUGGAGGCUGAUGCUGACAACUCAGGGCAGACACACAGUCAAGAUUUUCUACAGCCCUUCAUUGUUGCCAAGAUGGCUGUUCUGCCAGAUAUCUUCAUGCUUGCCGAUGAAAAGAAAUACAAUGGCUAUUAUAACAGGCCUCUUCCUAUCCUUCAACAGUUCCGUUGCUUUGUUCUGGCAGAUCUAAAAGAUCUAGAAUCUAGGACGUUUGUUGCCAGUCCAUUUUCUGACACAUUCAUGGUGAAUGUCAGUGAAGUCACAAGCCAAGCUCAGGAGGACCCAGAGAUGUUGUGGGUGGUUGGUCCAGUGCUGGCUGUCAUUAUCAUUAUUAUCACAGUGAUUGCUAUUUUACUCUUUAAAAGGAAACACACAUCUUCAGCCAAGGAUGAACACAUAUUAGAGAGAAAAGAUUCCCUCAUGACCUGCAUCACUGAGCCUGUGGAGAUGAGAAGACUAAAAUGCCAGACAUUAGGGAUGAGGGACCUUCCUCCCAUACCUGUUUGUGACUUGGCAGACCAUAUAGAGAGACAGAAGGCUAAUGACAGUCUACUCUUUUCACAGGAAUUCCAGACUAUUGAUCCAGAACAGCAGCUCACCUGGGAGCAUUCCAAUCUUGAGAUCAACAGAUCUAAGAACCGCUAUGCAAAUGUUAUUGCUUAUGACCACUCCAGGGUCGUCCUCACACCGGUGAAUGGAGUUCCAGGAAGCAACUACAUUAAUGCCAACUAUAUAGAUGGCUAUAGGAAACAGAAUGCUUAUAUCGCCACACAAGGGCCACUGCCAGAGACAAUUUGUGAUUUCUGGAGGAUGGUAUGGGAGCAGAGGAGCUGCACAAUUGUUAUGAUGACCCGUUUGAAGGAGAAGUCAAGGGUUAAGUGUGACCAAUACUGGCCUAGUCGUGGUACAGAGACAUAUGGAACGAUUCAAGUGACCAUACUGGAAACUUUGGAAUUGGCAAAUUAUGUCACAAGAAUAUUCAGCAUUUACAAGAAUGAAUCAUGUGAGAAAAGAGAAGUGCAACAGUUGCAGUUUCUAGCUUGGCCCGAUCAUGGAGUGCCUGAGCAUCCUACCACAGCACUGGCCUUCCUUCAUAGAACUAAGUCAUGUAAUUCACCAGAUGCUGGUCCUAUGGUGGUUCAUUGCAGUGCUGGCGUUGGGCGCACAGGCUGCUUUAUUGCUAUUGAUGCUAUGCUCGAGAGGAUGAAAUACGAAAGGUCUGUCGACAUAUAUGGUUAUGUGACAUGCAUGCGAGCUCAGAGAAACUACAUGGUACAAACAUUGGAUCAAUACAUGUUUAUACAUGAAGCACUUCUGGAAGCUGCAACAUGUGGCAAAACAGAAGUCCCGGCCCGCGGUCUGUACACCCAUCUCCAGAAACUCACUCAAAUUGUUCCCAGAGAGAAUCUUACUGCCAUGGAACAAGAGUUUAAGAAACUGACUUUGAAUGGAAGUCAUAAAACAUCCACUCAGAGAUGCAUCAGCGCCAACCUGCCAUGGAACACAUUCAAGAACCGCCUGGCAAACAUUAUGCCUUUUGAAUCUAACCGUGUCUGUCUGCAACCAAUCAGAGGCAUAGAGGGCUCUGAUUAUAUUAAUGCCAGUUUCAUUGAUGGAUACAGGCACCAGAAAGCAUACAUUGCCACUCAGGGACCACUGGCCCAAACUACUGAGGACUUGUGGAGAAUGUUGUGGGAACACAACUCCACAAUUGUAGUCAUGUUAACCAAACUGCACGAGAUGGGACGGGAAAAGUGCCAUCAGUACUGGCCAGUGGCGCUUUCUACACGAUAUCAGUACUUUGUUGUUGAUCCAGUGGCUGAGUACAACAUGCCUCAGUACAUACUCAGAGAGUUUAAAGUCACAGACGCCAGAGAUGGUCAGUCAAGGACCAUCAGGCAGUUUCAGUACACUCACUGGCAAGAGCAUGGAGUGCCCAAAAUCGUAGAAGACUUCAUCAACUUUAUUGGUCAAGUUCAUAAAACUAAAGAACAGCUUGGACAGGAUGGACCAAUCACUGUACAUUGCAGCGCUGGGGUCGGACGGACUGGAGUAUUCAUCACUUUGAGUAUUGUGUUGGAGAGGCUGAGGUACGAAGGCGUGGUUGACAUCUUUCAGACAGUCAAGAUUCUCCAAACUCAAAGGCCAGCCAUGGUUCAGACAGAGGAGCAGUACCACAUGUGCUACAGGGCAGCUUUGGAGUACCUGGGAAGUUUUGAUGUCUACGCAAUGUAACCUGUCUUAUAAACACACAAAGCAAAAAGCUGGAACCAAAGCCAAAACUAAUUUUUUUGCUUAAUGAAUAAGGAGUCAGUGAGGGGCCAGUGAGGAGAUGACCACUGCAGGAAAACAAGACCAUUACUUCUAUGUGGACUGGUGGUAGACAGUUAUUGCACCCAUGCCUUCCCAAAAAUAACCCUGAAUCCCCAUUUAGUCUUUCUACAUAUACAGAAUAUAUAUUUGUUUACAAUCAUCAUUAACCUUCCUGAGAUAGAACCUAAAGAAAGCCUAAAAGAAGCAGUGGAUAUAGUGCUUGUUUAUUUUAAUUGUGCCAGACAAAUUACUGGAUAAGAAAUGAGACAAGUUAGUCACUUCGAGGAAUGUUAGAGUUGGUUUAACCAACAAUUUUUUUCACUCCUACAUUGUUUAUGGAUGGUGCCUGGACAGUGUCAACCAAAAGCUACAAUAUAACUGAGCAAGGUCUUUUGUCUAUCUGCAUCUAUGGAUGAUUAUUUCAGACAUGAAAAUUGAUAGUAAUACUUUGUGGUAUUUUCUUGGAAUGAUGAGAUUCAAACCCCUGCAAACAUAAUUAUGGGUCCUAAAAAUAAAACUAAGUCAUUAUUAAAAACAACUACAUACUUUUGCACACCAGGCCUGUGAAGUAGAGAAAUUGUUUACUAAAUAGCACAUGCUAAUUGUACUGACAAGACAGAGCAAAUACUUGUUGCAUGAAUGAGUAUUUGCUCAUGGAACAAAUACUUGUUUGGCAAUGCCUUCUGGCAACAAAUGGAAGGACUGAGAUCUUACUGUCACCCCUCUCCAAUGCAAAAUAAUUUUCCAUUAUUGUAUGUAUAUUGCUUAUGAGCAUGUAGUAGCUCUGGUUUUUCAAUAGAAUCCAUAGAUUCAUAAAUGUUGAAAAAAGGAGAGCUGUUAAGAGAUGUUGUAAAAAGUAGAAGAGAAAAAAAACUUCUAAAUCUUGGGUGAAUUCAUGAACUAUAUUUGUAGUAUAUUUUGUACUUAGUUAUUGAGAUUUCAUAGGAUCUCAGACUAUCCAUCCAUCUAUCCAUUUCCUACAGCUUUAUCCAGGGUCGGGCCGCGGGGGUAGCAGCUUCAGAAGGGAGGCCCAGACUUCCCUCUCCCCAGCCACUUGUUCCAGCUCCUCCGGGGGAAUCCCAAGGUGUUCCCAGCACCCAUAAAUUUUCUGUAUUUUACAGCCAACAUUUAAAGUAGUUGGCUGUUCAAUGCUGUUAAAUUUCCGAUAUACACGCCUAUAUCAACACUAAGUGUAACAAUAAUGACCAAAAUAAAACACAGGAAACAUUAACGUCAGCUAAAUUGUUGUGGCGGGACCUUCACAGGACACCCCAGAAUGCUAUGGAUCGACGCUGCCAUCACGGUUGCCUAGAGACCUGUUUCCUUUUUAAAUGUCCUCAACUCGAUACUCCACCAUGUCAUUAGAAGCAAAAACUCUUGCAAAAGUACAGACGUGAGUGGGAAGACGUAUAUCUAAUACUAAACAAUUUCAGUGAGGAUGAAUACAGGCAAUUAAAAAAAAAACAUGUACCAGCGAUGAGUAUGAUUUCGGACAGAAUGGAUCAGGAGAGAAACACUAUAGACACAGCAGAACCUAGAAGAACCAUAAAUCAGGCUAGGGUUAGGGAGAACAUUUUCAGUUUUUGUGCUCUUAGUCGACUACUAUGGUUUUAUUAUUUGCUUAUGUUGAGUUUGG